AAAAAAAUUAUUUUUGUUAAAAUUUUUCUUUCAAAAAUGAUGACAAAUCAAGAGAAUAGCCGAAUUUAUUUUACGGAUCAAACAAAAAUGUCAUUGAAUCUGAUUGAAUUACGUUUGGAUAAUCAUUUGGAACGUAUAAUGAAAGCACAUCGUUUAGCUAAUUUUUGUAAUGCAAUCAAAAAGCUACCGGUUCAAUCGAGAAUUUGUGAGAAAUUAUUAGAAGUUAUGAAUUCUUGUCAAAGCCUCAUACAUCGUAAAAUGUCACUGAUUAAAGAGGCUAAAAAUACUUUGACCGAACUACGUGCAUUACAUGGAACAUCAUCAUCAUCAUCAUCGACAGAAGAAAAAACGGGACUGAUGUCAAAAGAAAUGUUUGAUCGUGUGAAACAGGUGUCCACAACAACCGAACGAAUUGUAUGGGCUUUAAAUUCAAAUAAAGAACAUUUAUGUUAUAUAGCACGUAAAUUCAAGAUACCUGAGCUUUACUGUCAUGGUCAUAAUGUUGAUGAAGUUGGCGAUAAUGAUAAUGCUGCUGGUGGUGGUAAUUUUCAUGAGCAAAAAAAUUCAUCAUCAUACGGUAAUUUGAAUGCAGAUGAAUCCAUAUGUUUGCGACGGCAGUUGAUCACACUUGUUGAACAAUGUGAACUUGUCAUAGAUAUUUGUCGUUUAUUACGUUUGGCCAUCACAUCACUACUGAAAGAUAUCUAUGCAGCAGAUAUCAAUGAUAAAUAUGAGUUACCGAUGAUGGCCAUGGUGAAUCAGUCACCACCACCACCAUCAUCAUCACCGUUUGAACACAACUGUAGCAGCAGCAGCAGCAGCAGUGAGGAAGGAUUUUGCCAUUGCCAUUUGAUUUGA